CGUGCAGGCAGAAGGAGCUGAAAACACCACAUCACCAAAGGACAGGAUGUUUGAACAAAGACGGACAUGCCCGGAGAAGCCCCUCCUGUCAGCAGUGGCAGUGCUGCUGCUCUUGGCUGCAGGAGGACGAUCCGCGGUGCUGACUGACAACCUCCAGACCCCAGAAACUCCUCUCUCAAACUCAUCUCUGAUCCCUCAGCUCAACAGAAGUAGCAUGGAGACACCUGUAGUCCUACCUUUACACAGACCAUGUGAAAGCAAACACGAUACUUACUGUGCCAACGGUGGCAGGUGCAUGUAUCCCCAAGACAGUGACAAACCUUCUUGCAUCUGCGAACACUCGUACAGCGGGCCGCGUUGCAUGUUUGUCGAACCCAGUCGUGGUUUGCCUGAUGUGGAGCAAGUGAUUGGCAUCAUUUUGGGGAUAUUCAUACUCAUCAUAUUCCUGGCCAUUGCGGUUUACUUCCUGGCCUGGAAAAGGUGUAGAAAAUCACCACUGCCAAUAAAAUCUGUACCUUCUGAGACCCCAGUGUGACCUCUGCAACUCACUCCUCCUCAUCCUCCACCAUUUCACAGCACUGGAUAAUCUGCAAGUCUACGAAGCGAAGAAGAUGAUGUUUGAAAAAGCAAUGAGACAACAUUUCAUUUUGAUAUUAUUUAUGUGAAAGUACUUGACUGUUAUGAGAGGAAAUCAACAAGGAAAGGGCAAGCUCUACCAAACUUUAUAUUAAAUAUUUUUAUAAUGAUUGCUUUAUUCUCCUGUUGAAAGAAUAAGAAUUAAUGAACGUAUAUAUUUAUUGUAAUAUUGUAAUAAUAGGUAAAUUAUUCUAAUUUAUC